CUUUUAUCUAUAUAUUGAAAAUUGUAGAAAGUAAAACGAUUUAACCCCUCAAAAAAAAAAGCUCAAGAUACCAUGACCAUCUCUGAUUCCGAUUCGAUUAGAGACCACCAAACUAAUGAUACAUCAGAUCUCGUCAUCUCAGCACUUGGUAUCAUAGGGACAGGAAAGUCAAGUUUAUUAAAUGCUAUUGCCGGUGAGCAUGUAUUUGAGACCGGGAAUGGUUCGGCUACUACUCAAAGCGUGUCGGGUGAAAUCCGACAGUGGAAGAGUGCACCCGCUAUAAAAAGUGUUCGUCUUAUAGAUACCCCUGGCUUGUGCGAUUGUUCUGCUCAUGAUAAAGAGACUGUUCAUGAAAUGGCUCGAUACUUCAAGAGUGUAGCAAAUGGAGUAACUGCAUUUGUACUUGUUUUUAGUAUCCAUGACAUUAGAUUAGACGCAUAUACUCAAAGUAUGCUUGACUUAUUUCGCGUACUUCUUGGAAAGGACUUUUGGAACUAUGUAAUCAUUGUGUUUACGCAUGUUGAAGAUGAUGAGAAAGAUGAACUUGAGGCAAACAUAGAGGCUGUUCUAGAUCCUGAAGAUGGGUUUGUGGCACAGAUCUGUGAUAUCUACAAACUUUCCAGAAGAACAUUCGUGCCAAACAUCGUGUUUGUAUCCACACUAAACCCCCGGACAAGCAGCUACACAAAGAAGUGUAUGAGACAACUUUACCAAGCUGUGAACGAUUGUCAUAUUCGCAACCAUAACAAGCAGUUUACUUCUAAGUGGCUCACACAGAUAAUACACAUGCCAGAGGAUCGAAAAGCAAACUUUAUCACAGAAAGUAUUCGAGAGGCCUGGAGUUCAUUGACCUCAAACAAGUGUCAAAUUCAAUAACAUAUCAAAUUUAAAUUAUUUUGAAUUUUGUUAAAUAUAUCAAUCUCACAAUAU